AUGAGCAGGGCCAAAGCCGGGGAGCGCGUACGCCGGGCUUGUCGUAAUUGCGCGAGAGCUCGGACCAGAUGUACUGGUGGCAGUCGCUGCACGCGUUGUCGAUCAAAAGAUCUCACAUGCACGUAUGCGAAUAAAUCAAAUCCCCUGGAUGGAAAGCAGGACGUCGUAGGAACUCACGAAUCUCAUGUCGAGCCCGUUCUACAGCAAGAGAUCCAAACGGCUGAGGUCAUCGUAGAUCCACCAACAUCAACAGCUGCUGGAGAGCCUGUGCGAUCUAAUCACCCGGAUGAGGCUGUUGUGAAUGCAUAUGAUGUGCCUUCGACCGGUCUUGCAGACCUCGCGCAGCAAAGUGUAGACGACAAUUUCAGCUGGAACGACAUCAACUGGCUACCUGUUGCCGACAAUGUCGACUUCUCGCUCCUGUUUGGCGUUGGGCUUGACCCUGCGGCUGAUGAAGGCUGGCAAUCAGUUCCGGUCAACUCACAGCAACCGGCACAUCAUGCAGCGCCAGCGUCGUCCAUCACCAGUUACGAAGACGACACCGCAGCCACGGGAAAGGCGUCUUCUCUAUACGCGGAUGGCUUUGGCGGGCGGCAUUCGCUCCAGACUAUUCCCAGGUCACCAGUGUCCCUGGAUGAGGAUAACUACGAGACUUCUAUAACACAUCUGCAAUUUCCAGGUCGCGUUGCCUUGGCCUUGCACGCCAGUGGUUUCGAUGGACCUGGCCUUGACGCUACUGUAUACAACUCACUCACGGAGCACUUCCACUCACUUUGUACACGUCAAGCGGGUCUGGGAAGAGCGUUUGCCAGCGUUACAUUUCCAUCGUCUGCCCAGCUGAGUCGCUAUCUUGGUCUGUACCUACGGCACUUUGAUCCCGACUUCCCAUUCAUUCAUGCCACAACGUGGUCCCAACACACCGCGCCCUGGAUUCUGGUCCUCGCAGCGGCGACCAUCGGCUCUAGCUACGACGUCGGACCUGACAGCUUCCAGACUGAGGCAGCUUUUCGCGAGUUCCUACGGCGAGCAGUGCGUUGGAAUCUUGACGUAGAGAUCGACUGCGACCCUUUACCACUGGCACAAGCGUCACUGCUGCACGCCAUUGCCCAAUUCGGUAGCAACGUUCCGGCAAGUGCUAGUGCCGCACGCCAUGAUUUCGAGCUGGCGAUGGAGCUCUAUGAGACGAAUGUUGUCCUGUUCCCUGCGGAUGAGAUUGAUCUCUCGCAGGGAGCUCUCAAGUGGCAGGCUUGGAUAGCCCAAGAAGGCCAUACUCGUCUCAUGUGGUCUUGCUGGUUGGUCAAGGCUCUUUACACUUUUUGGCUGGCGACUCCAGGAGGGCACAUUAGUUUGCCAGACCAACUGUUGGUUCUUCCCUGCGAUGCGGAUCUAUGGGACGCUACUAACGUGGAGAGUUGGGUGGCAAGAUUCCCCAGAACGCAGCCAUCUGCGACCCUACUUUCAGCUCUUCAGUCUUUAUUUGUCAGACACCGAGUCCCAUCACCAAUUCACACCUUCAGCGAAGUCCUGCUCACGUAUAUCAUACUUGGGAGAGCAGACGAGGUGGCCAGAACGACACAGCAACCCUUGCACGCGUGGAGUCCAGGGCCAGGAGACGACCAAAGCAAUGAUGAAAUCCAGCUGCCAGUAUCCGAACCCAUCUGGCUGCCUGCGAACCCUCGAUACGCCGCGUGGCGGAACAGCGCCUGCGACUGUUUCGACGUUCUGCAUUGGAAAGCGAAUGCAGAUAGUACAAUGGCUCGUGGCUCAGAGGGACCUUUGAUCUUGCACUUGCAUUUGGUACGGCUACUUCUCCUCUGUCCCUAUCGGAGUUUUAUCAGCCUGGCAACGAACCUGAAGAAGCGGCCUCCAACUGCGAAUAGAGAUCUACCCUCGGCUGCACAACUGGACGAGAGCAUCCUGCGAUGGCUUACUAUGGACGAUCACAAAGGCCGACUGAGCCUUGUGCAUGCAGGCGCCGUCUUCUGGCAUCUUCGCCGAUACGCGCGUGGUCACUUCUAUGAGCCGUUCGCGAUGUACUUGUCGAGCCUAGUCAUCUGGGUCUACGGAGUCUAUCUACCGCAAGUCCGCGGCAAUCUUCUUCACAUCAAGCAGAUGAAUGCCGCCGAGCGGGCUCGGAGGCUACAAGAUAACGGAGGUAUAGGUCUGAGUCAAAGGAACAGCGAGGAGGCAGAGGAUGACUUGACUCCCAAGACUAUCCUGCUUGAUCGCCCUUGCGACGACGAAAUCGUUCAGGUGUUCGUUAGGCGAGGAUUCGAUAUGCAAGCUGAUAUGUCAGGUGCACCCGACAUUAGCCUGCCAAACUCGCAGAAGGUGGUACUGAAAGAAGCAGUCAAAGUCCUUCGUCGACCACAGCACAGACAUGUGGGACAGAGUCACACAUACCGGAUGGCUUUGCAGCGGCUACUCCAAUUUAGCUGA